UAAAGGUGGACCUUCCUUUUCAACCUUUUUUUCCCCUGCCUCGACUCUUCGCGUCUUCUUCUCCCUCCACGCCAUUAACAAACCCAGCACCCUCUCUUAUCUUCAAAACCCUAAAUCAUCACUCAAAAUCUCCCUUAAACCCUUUUAUAAAAAGCACUAAACUUUACCCAAUUUCCUAAUACACUUUUUUUAAAAUAUUUGCAUACAUUACAGUACUCCAUUUAUAGCAAAGACUCAAACUUUCUACUGCUAAACCCACUUCUUUGACUUUUAGGAUCUUUGAGGAUCCAUUUUCUCUUGUGGGCCGUUCAAUUUUUUGCAAAAAGAAAAUGGCUGCAAAUCGGAGACGGGUAGGAGAUGAUCGGUUUUAUAGUCCGCCGGCAAUGAGGAAGCAGCAAAAAUUGAAAGCAGCCAAGUCAAGAAUUGAAGCGGAGAGUAGAACCGAGUCUGAUGACGGAGCAUCCUCAACGGCGUCGUUUUCGUCGAUUAGAGUUGAGAAUUUGACCAAUUUGGAUCGCUUCUUGCAGCAUACCACUCCUAAAGUUCCUGCUCAAUUUUUUCCCAAGACAAUCAUGAAAGGGAUGAGAAAUCUUGACAAUGAUCCGCAGCCCUACUUCAUCUUGGGUGAUCUUUGGGAGUCUUUUGGGGAAUGGAGUGUGUAUGGGGCAGGAGUUCCUCUGGUUUUAAAUCAGAGUGAUUGCGUUGUCCAGUAUUAUGUGCCAUAUUUGUCUGGGAUUCAACUUUAUGUAGACCCUUCGANUCUCCAUUAUGCAAUAGAUGUUACUGAUUCUGGCUCAAUUGUAAUUGUCCUCUUAAAUGUUCGCUUGAGAAUGUUCAUUUUAAUUUGUUGGUGCAUUUGGUUGUGGAUUACUAGUAUGGAUCAGCUGCAUUUUCUUUCAAAUAGCAAUCUUGGGCUUAAAUUUUUUCCAGGAGACCAGGUGAAGAAAGUGAUUCUGAUUCUCUCAGGGAGACAAGUAGUGAUGACAGUAGUGAAUAUGGAGCUGGAGCUUCAAGGGUAG